AUGGUGUUUCUAACCAUUGCCAAUUUAGUUCGUGUUCGCGGUCCCGAUGAAUUUUGGAGGAAAAGGAGAAUUUUCAGACUAGCUGCUCACUAUAUUGGACGUCGUAGAAAUUGCUAUUCGAUCGCAGUUCGUAACGUCCACAGAGCUCUUGUUUAUGCAACAAAGGCUAGGAAGCUUAAGAAACAGGAUAUGAUAGAUUUGUGGAACACCAGAAUUACUGCAGCAUGUGAACAACAUAACAUUACCCAAUUUUCACUUAAAGAGGGUUUGGAUCGAGCUAAUAUCAUGUUAGACAGAAAGUCAUUAUCAGAUUUGGCAUGUUGGGAACCAAGGACAUUUGAGUGCUUGGCCGCUGUAGCUAAAGAAAAGUUGCAACUUGAUGGUUUUGUUAAUUAUGCAGAUAAGAAACUCCCUACAGGAACAGAAUUAAAUCUUAGAGAUGUUAUGUUGGAGCAUUGGUUGAAAGAAGAAAAACAUUAA